UUUAGCUGCUUCACUUUAGAAGACGAAGAAGAGAAAUGGCGUUCUCUACCCGAAGCAUUCAGUGGGGUACAAGCACCCGCAGCCAACCUACUGCCCCCAGCAUCAGUGGGUUAAGCUCCAGGAAAAUAGCCAUCCAAAAGAUCCAGGCGCCCAGUGUCUACGGGGGAGCGGGGGGCUACGGCACCCGCAUCUCUACCAGCUCCGGCUAUGGGCAAGGCUUCGGUGGGAACUUCCAGCUUAAUAUUACUGGUAAUGAUGUGCUGCUCGCUGGCAAUGAAAAAUCAACUAUGCAAAAUCUAAAUGACCGUUUGGCAUCGUACCUGGAGAAGGUGCGUUCUCUAGAAAAGGCAAACUCGCUGAUCGAAAAGCAGAUCAAGGAGUGGUACGAGAGCAACACCACAGACAUUAGGCAAGACUAUAGCUCAUACUUUAAAACAAUUGAGGAUCUCCAAAAUAAGGUUGCUGCUGCACAGUUGGAAAAUGCAAGGCUUGUCCUGCAGAUUGACAAUGCCAAACUGGCUGCUGAUGAUUUUAGAAUGAAGUAUGAGAAUGAAUACCUGCUUAGGCAAAGUGUCGACAGUGACACUAACGGACUGCUCCGGGUUCGUGAUGACUUGACUUUGACAAAAUCUGAUUUGGAGUCUCAGAUUGAAAGUAUGAAUGAAGAACUGGCUUUUCUAAAGAAGAACCACGAGGAGGACGUUGACCGACUGCGCAAACAGGUGGGCGGCUCAGUUAACGUAGAGGUGGAUGCUGCUCCAAGUAUUGAUCUUGCGACUAUUAUGGAAAACAUGAGGAAGCAAUAUGAAGAAAUGGCAGAAAAGAACCGUCAAGAAGCCAAAGAACAAUUUGAAAAGCAGACAGCAGAACUGAACCAGGAAGUGGCAAUCAACGUUGAGCAGCUGCAGGUCCAAAGGAAAGAGAUCACUGACCGGAGACAGAUCUUCCAGGGUCUGGAGCUUGAAUUACAGUCCCACCUUAACAUGAAAAAGUCUUUAGAAGACAGUUUGGCUGAAACUGAAGCACGUUACAAUUAUCAGCUAAGCCAAAUCCAGGAAACAGUUGCCAAUUUAGAGGCUCAACUGAGGCAACUCCGAGUUGAAAUGGAGGGUCAGAAUAAUGAGUACUGUCUGUUGCUGGAUAUCAAGACUCGCUUGGAAAUGGAGAUUGCCACGUACCGACGUCUGCUGGAAGGAGAGGACAGUGGACAUUUCCAAUUGGAGGAAUCUGCAGCAGAGCUUGAAAAAGCAGAAUCAAGUAAAGUUAAGAAGAUCAAGACAAUUGUUGAAGAGGUGAUUGAUGGCAAGGUUGUCUCCUCUGAGAUCAAGGAGAUUGAAGAGAAGCUGUAAAUGGCAGCAGCAGAGAGGAGACGGCUCCGAGCUUCCUGCAGCUGAGGCCAGAAUUAGAAGAUUAAACUUUGUAAAGAAUCCAGUCUUCUUCCUAAAACCCAGAAGGGCUGAAAAAUGCCACACUAUCAAAUCUCAAUCAAUCUUUGUCUUUUCUUUUCUUUUUUUGGGGGGGGGAGGUAAUUAAUAAAAAUCAGUAAGUUACAAAGUACAAGAUUUUGGGUUUACGUACAUAGUGACUAAAUACCUUGAUUAAAAAACAACCAAGCAGCCUGUUAUAAAUGUAGAAUUGUUUCUAAGACAGAUAAAAAUGGAAGCUUUAGUUUUUACUUACAUCAGUCUUAAAAUUACAUUUAAGAACUUUUUCAGUAAAAAUUGGAAAGUCAAAUGACUUAUGGCAUGAACUUACUAUAGCUUUUAAAAUAAUUUAAAUUAAAUUUAGAAAAAUACUUCAGCACUGCUUAGCGCUGAAGUUUCAAAGCACUAAGCUAGUGAAAGUCACUGGAUGAAGGCACGGGACACAGUUACCCAUGUGCUUAACAAGCCCUCGAUGGUAGUGGGCUCUUCUGAAAGCCCUAGGAGUUUUUCUUCAUUUCUUCAGACCGUUCACGACAACAGCUGGUGCCUUAAGUCUUCCCACACUUUCAACAUAUUAAUAAGAGUUUUCAGAAGAGAGCUUCUAUUUCUGAAACCUUGAUGGACACCUUAUCAAAACUUUAUGAGAAAGAAUUUAAGAUACAGAUGAUACACUUGCUAUCUAAUAUGUUAAUGUAAUUGCAAUUCAAAGUUUAGCAAUCUAUUUUUUCUCUUACAUACUAGCACAUUCA